UUGUGCUUGAUGGCAGUCAAAGAGCCGCUGAAGCGGCGAAAUCUUUUGUUUAUUUACAAUCUAGGCAUAUUUAAAAUAUUUAUAAUAUGGAUUUAAGUGGAGAUGUCGAUGCGAUUAUAUCGCAGGCUUCAGAUUGGAAUUUUGCUGGUGACUGCGCGUUGCUGGAGCUAAUGAAACGCAUCUCCCAAAAUCUGCAAGAGCAAGGCGAACGAACGAGUCAAAAUUUAAUCCAAUUUGAAACGAACGUAAGACGUGCUGAUAUUGCUCUGGAUAAUGCAACAAAUAGUUUGCGCUCGUUGCAAUUCGGACAGCAAUUCGUGGAGUAUCGCGUGGAGGAGGUGGAAGAUGACGAUUUUGCGUUGCCUGAGGAGCAGGCGAAGACGCCUGAGCCUCCGCUGAAGACCUCCCAGCAGCUGGCUGAGGAGUUUCUGCAGAAUAAUUUGCAAAUGUUUAGAAAGAACUUUGAGGCAGUCACAAUUGAAGUGCCCGACUCGGAUGAUGAAGACGGCGCUGUAAAUGCCACCACUGUGUACAGAGAUAAGAACCCCUAUGAUGCUAUCCCAUUGCCCUAUAUUAUUGGCUCUAAGCAGUGGCAGGAGCACAAAUAUGCGGGGCUCUAUGAUAGUGCUGAAAACAGCGAGGAGGAGCAGCCCGAGCAGUUCUCCUCCAGCUCCUCGGACGAGCUGGAAACAGCUGAGCCAGUAAAGGCAACGCCCCUACAACAAUCAGAUCCAUCACAGCUAUCGCUACAAUCUGAUUCUUCUUCGCUCGCCUCGCUGCCCAAGGAGGUGCCAAUGCCAAGACAGCCACCGUCUGUAGCUGCGCCUGUUAACCAAGCUCGCCCUACAGCCCAACCUCGACCUAUUAUCAGCAUGCAUAGAAAUCCACAUGAGAGCGAUUUAUUUACAGCGUUGCGUGCUUCGCCUCCUAGCGAUGAUCCGCCAUCCAGUUCAUCCUCGCUUAACUCCUCUCCAGCGGUUUCUCAUGGAAACGUCGCAGCAAUGAACCAAUCAAGAGCAAACGUUUCGCUCAGCUCGAGCAGCAGCAGCGUUAGCAGGGUCAUACAAGCAACAGGCAAACAAACUCCGCCUAAAUUAUUUGAUGAUGCACUUCCAGCAGUUGCAGCAGCCCAGCCUGCUGCGAUGCCCGUUGCAGCUACCAGCGAAGUAAAACCCGUUGCUGCUGUCAGUCAGAUCAAGCGAAAGCCUGUAAAUCUCUUCAAUGACGAUGAGUUCAAUUCGUUUAUGUCAGAAAUUGUGGACAAGGUGCAAGCAAAGUCAGGCAACAGCUCCAAAGCAACUGUGGCCAAGCCCAAGGAAUUGCCUGCUCCACAGGAAGUUAAAUCGAAACCAAUUGAUACAGCUUCACGUAGACCAAAUCUCUUUGAGGACAGCCCACCAUUGAGUCCUAAUUUGCAACCAGCAACUGUUGUACAGCCCGUCAAGAAGCUGCCUACAUCGCUCUUCGAUGACAAUUUGGAUGACGAUGUCGACGACUUCUUGAGCUCCCUAAAGCCCAGAGCAAAGCCACUGCAACAAACAUUGAAAAAGUCCCUAUUUGAUGACGAUGAUGAUGUGGAUAUAGAUGAUAUAUUUGCGAAGAAGAAACCGAUAGGGCAGCCAGCUAAACCAACUGCGAAAGCGCCGCUGUUCGAUGAUCUGCAAGAUGACGAGCAAGACGACAUCUUUGGCAAGCCAUCAAGAGAAGUUGAGAAGCAGCCUGUGCCUGAAUUGCCAACAGCUGCAGAGCGCACUGCCAAAGAGACGCCCACAGAGGCAGCUUCGCUUGCCAACAAAGCCUUUUUGUUCGAUGAUGAUCUAGCCGAUGAUCGAGCUGCUCAGGCUUCUAAAGAAGCUAUGAAACAACCAACAGAAGUUGAGUCAGUGCAGCCAGCAACUGCGAAUCCGAUUGCCCGGCAAAAGCCGACCAGCAAAGUCUCGCUGUUUGAUGACGAUGAAGAGGAUGAUCAGCUUGUCCAAAACAUCUUUGGCCAGGUCUCCAAGGAACUUGGGAACAAGCAAAAAGUGGCUGAGGCUGCACUGCCAGCAGCUGAGGAGCAGCCCAAGCGAAGUCUCUUCGAUGAUCUGGACGAUGAUGAUCUAUUUGCCACGCCCAAGUCAAAUAAGCCUGCAUACGCUGCAGCAGAAAGGGAAACUAAGAGACUCGCUGAGCAAGCACGAGCAGCAGAUGUUGCCAAGCAAAUGGAGGAGCCACAAGACAUAGCCGAAGUUGAGAAGCAGCAAGCUAGCAAAGAUUCGACUGAUAAGGCGCAGCUGCAAAUGCCUACAGCACCUAUAUUCAAUGAAGAUUUUAGCGAUGCGGCAGUAAUAAGAGAUUCAAAAGAGAUUAAAGCAGUGGAAGAGCCAAGUAACAAAGCUGAAGAUCAUCCGCCAGCUGAGCAGCCAAAAUCUGAGAAGGAAGUGAAGCCAGUUGCUAAUCUUGAUGUGCAUCCUAGAGCUAAGGCUGUGAAUGAGCAGUUAUCCAGUAAGCAGGAAGAGCCAGACGUGAAGCCUGCUGCCAAGUCCGAGUUACCUCCUAAAGCUGAGCCAGAGAUGGAGCAGCCAUUGAGCAAUGAGAAAGAGCGAGUUCAGGAGGCUGAGUUGACUGAUUGGAAGCCUGAAGAAAACUUUGAGGCUGAUAUGCAGUCAGAGAAAGCAGAAGAGGAGCAGCCGGCAACUGAGGAUCAGCAGGAUCCGAUUAUCAGUCUCGUUGCUGAGCUAAGUCAAGGCAAAGCCAAGAAGGAGACGCGUGCAUCCGAAGAUGUGGCUGCUGCAAAGCAAGUUAUGCAAAACUAUUCAAGCCUCUUCUCGGAUGAGCCGCCCGAUGAUAGCGAGUUCUUUCAAUCCCUGGCCACCAGCAGCCUGACCAGCCUGAGCGCCUCCAAGAUGUUCGACAGCGAGCACGAACAGGACUUCUAUGAGCCCGCAUUGCCCGAUCUGCCAGCAGCUGCAGAGACCAGCAAGGAUUAUGGUGGCAUGCGUUUGUUUAGCGAUGUGCCGCCAGACGAUGAUGAUGAUGAAGGGAUGCAGGAAUCUCAGCCUGCACCUGUGACAGCUUCAGCUCCUGCUCAGCAGGAAUCGACCACACCAAAGCGGAUUCACACCAUUUUCUAUGAUGACUUUAGUGAAACAGCGCGCGCAGGCGCAGCUGCGUUCUUGGAUGAGCAACCUCCAGCGGAUGUGGCUAAGCCCAGCUCGCCCAUCAAGAAACUGCAAAUGCCCAACAUAAACAUCAAUGUGCAGGCGCUGCUGCCUAGCGCAAAGCUUCCCAAAAAGCAGGAGGAGCCAGCUCCCACUCCCGUCAUUAGCCAAGCUGCAAGUCCAGCCUUGAAGCCAGUGCCAAACUCAAGUCUCAGCGAAUCGGAUAAUAUUCUGCAAUGCAUUGGCAAGACACGCGUGCGUGGCCCAGCUCAUCGACGACCCUCAACGCGACGUGCUAGGCGAGCCAACUAUGCCCAGAGCUUGCUAGAGGCACAGCCAGCUGACAGUGUGGUCUCUGCUUCACUGUCAUCAACUACUACCACCACAUCUAGUGCACGCAGCUCUAGCAAAUCCACUGGGCAGCUGCCUAGCUUUGACAGUGACGACAACGAAGAGCAGGCAGCAGAUGAUGCCUUGUUCAAGGCCUUUGCAACAGGGGCCGCAGCACAGGCUGCCACGAAGAUAGCUGUCAAGGAACCAGAGCCAGCUGCGAGGGCUAAGCCUACUCUGUUUCUGGACAGUGAUGCAGAGGAUGAUGAUGAUGCGCUCUUUGGCAAGGCACUGCAAGCAAAUGUGGCAACCAUUGCUCCAGCUGCUCCAAGAGCUACUCCAGCCGCCGUUGCUGCUGCUCCAACAGAAACUACUUCAAGUGCUUUCCAGAAAGCUGCUGCAAAUGCCUCGCCAGCAGCAACUACUUCUGUCACUCAAGCAACAGCUUUUCCAGUGGCCUCGUCAGCAGAAGGUCCAAAAGGAGCUGCUCCGUCAGGUGCUACGUCUACAAUGCCUUCAGUAGAUGCUGCUUCUGUUACUCCAGCAAUGAAUCCUGCAGUGCUUCAAGCAGAAUCUUCUUCAGUUGCUUCAUCAGCAGCAGUUGCUGCAAUUGCAUCAGUGGCUCCAGUAGCAGUCCAGGCGCCUCCUGCAUUUACAACGCCAAUAUCUGCACCAAUUGCUUUGGUAUCCACGCUACCACCAGAGGAUGAUAUGAAGAAGCCCCCAGCCAAGUCGGCUUUCUUUUUGGACAGCGAUGAGGAAGAGGAAGAUAGUAACAGUUUUCUGUUUAGCCCAGCAUCAGCAGCCCCUCCGCGCAGAGCCGCUGCUGGGCCACCCAAAUCCUAUGUAUCCUUCCUGGACAACAACGAUGAGGACGAGGAUGCACUUUUUGCAGCAGCAAUAAGCGAAAGAGCAGCCAAAUCAGCUGCGGCUGCAGCGCCAUCUCUUGCUCCUUCAAUUCCAACGAACGAGAAGCUCAAAGCCGCAGCUAAAACGUUCCUGGACAGCGAUGAUGAGGAUGGGGAUGCUGCACUCUUUAACCCAACUAAGUCAAUGGCUAAGCCAACUCUGAAGAAUGAGUCCAGGGACAGUAAAGCCUUGCCUAAAGAGCAGAGCAAAUCGAAGCCUCUGAAAACCCAACUCUUUGAUGACAGCGAUGAUGAUGAUGAUUUGUUUGGCAGCAGAGCUGCCAACCCACCUAAAUCCCAGCCAGCUGCAGCAAUAAACCAAGCUACAGUGUCUGCCAGCAGCAAAGGGCUGCAAGCCAAGGCAAAGGCAAUCAUCAAACCCAGCAAAAGUCUCUUCAGCGAUGAUGAGGAUGACGAUGAUCUGUUUGGCAGUGGUGCAGCUGCUUCAGUUGCUCCUGCCAGUGGUGCUAAGCGUGCUGCAAGGCCUGCUGCAUCAAAUGCAACAAAAAAGCUAACAGCCACGCCCAUCCAGGGCAGUUCCACAGAUAUAGCGGAUAAUCCGCUAGCCGAUCUAUUAGGACCUUAAGGAGCUUUAACAACAAAAGAAAUCAUAUUUAAUUACUUCAAUUAUGUAUAUUUACACUUAACGAUUUGUUUAUGUUAAUUACACAACUCUACAAGAAAACAGUUGCAAAAAUUUGUUAAUCUCU